UAUCUGGGCCUCAAAGUCCUUGAGUUUCCUUCCCAGAGCUUCAAAGUCUCACAUGAAUUCUUCGUAGCUCUGCUUGGCAGUAUCAUUUGUCUCCACAUGGAAGAAAGGGAUAUCUGUCAGUGGGCUUUAUGAGUGAUGGCAACCCUUCUGUCACAUCUCUAAGACAGCAUACCUGGUCUUGCCUAUUUCACCAUGACUCUUUGGAUCAGAUCUCUGCCUCUCCUAGUGCUGCUUGCCAUUUUGGCUCCUCCUGCUAGUUAUGCCAAUCCCAAUCAGCAUCUAUGUGGCUCCCAUCUAGUGGAAGCACUCUACCUCGUAUGUGGAGAGCGGGGCUUCUACUAUACUCCUAAAACACGGCGCAGCAUUGAACAGCCCCUAGCAAAUGGGCCUUUACAGAAUGAAGUGGAAGCACUGCCAUUCCAACCACAGGACUUUCAGAGGGCAAAGAGAGGAAUCGUGGAGCAAUGUUGUGAAAACACCUGCUCCCUCAAUGAGCUAGAGAACUACUGCAACUAGAAGAGGAAGACCUUCUCAUGUCUGGGGCAAGAGAAAAGCACUUUGCUAUUGCACCUUUAAAGUAACUGAAUAAAAAUCCUGUGAUUCUA